GAAAUGAAAGAGGUCUCGAACCCCGGAUAAAUCUCCAGGGAUAUAUACUAGGAAACCCACUAACAUCAGGAUUAGAAGAUAAUGAUCGGAUCCCAUAUGUUCACGGAAUGGGGCUUAUUUCUGAUGAACUCUACAGGUCCUUGAAAAGAACUUGUCAUGGCAACAUUAUAAAUGUGGAUUCUACAAACAAAUUGUGUCUAAAUGACAUACAGUACUAUCAUGAGCUUCUUGAAAAUAUUGAGUUGUACAACAUUUUGGAGAUAUAUUGUGUUGAUGAGAAUAUCAAAGGAACAAGACGGAACCCAAGGAGAUCUCUGGCUCAGAAGAUAAAGGCACCUUUGAGUUCUCCGGUCACAGUGCCGGAUAUGCGCUGCCAAAUUUAUGGUUUCUUCCUUGGUACGGAAUGGAUGAAUGACCCUGCUGUCCGUAAGGCACUGCAUAUUCGCGAGGGAACUAUAGGGAAAUGGAACCGGUGCUAUAGUGACGAUUAUGUAUUUGACAUCCGUAGCAGCGUUCCGUUUCAUGCGAAUCUAAGUGCAAAAGGCUACCCUUCCUUGAUAUACAGUGGGGAUCACGAUGCAGUAGUUCCUUUCUCGUCGACUCAACGAUGGAUAAGGUCUCUAAAUUACUCCAUUGUAGAUGAUUGGAGGCCAUGGUAUUUAAAUGACCAAGUUGCAGGAUACACGAGGACUUACUCGAAUCAAAUGACAUUUGCAACUAUAAGAGGUGCAGGGCAUACAGCUCCAGAGACCAAGCCGGACGAAGGUUUUGCAAUGUUCGUUAGGUGGAUAUCUAAUAAGCCUCUUUAGCUUAGCCACACAGAUGCAAGAAAUCUUGGUUACACAUUGAAUUCUGAUUAGUCAUUAGUCAAUAUUAGUCUGAGAUAAGUUCGAAUUGUUCUACAAAUUGUUUUUAAGUUUAUCAAUUGCGAAUUUGCGAAAAAUAUUUCGUGGACUAAGUGAACCACGCCCAUUUAUUCGAAGAUCUAAAAUUUUGUUCCUUGCUCUC